AGACUCCAUAUUUGUUGUUGAGCUCGUCCAAGAGGAAGACAUCUUAGAGAUAUUAUUGAAUAUUGCAAAUACUUGGUGAAAUUCAACAAGGCGACUAUUAUUCAUAUCUAGAGAGAGACAAAUAAAUGUAUAGAUUUUCUGAAGGUCAUAGACAUAAACAAGAUUUGGUACUAUGGGAAGAUGCAAUCAAUCAAAUGCAGUUUUUGCUCCCGGCAGAUUCAAGCGAUGUUGCUUAGUAGUUAUCAAUAUACCAAAAAAAUUAUAAUUGUAUAUAUUAUACGUCUACCCACCAUUUUUGUUUAAACGAUCAGAUAAAUGUCUAUUUAGGUUAAUUCUUCUCAAAAUAACAAACAGCCAACUUAAAAAGCAAUGCCAAAUUAGGUAAAAACAACCAACUUAACCAAUCCUAUAAUACAAGAAUCUACACCAAAACUGUAAGCCCAAAUGAAUGGGACAAUCUUGUUUGAGACCUCUGAGACCAAACUCUCGGCCAUUCUCAACAACCUCAACUGAGUUUUCAAUCCUAUGUUCUCAAGGUUACAUAAAAGAAGCUUUCAACAAGUUUUCUUUCCUAAUAUGGAACAACCCAUCUCAUUUCUCUUUCCUUUUACAAUCUUGCAUCCAAAAAAACUCUUUUUCACUCACCAAACAGCUGCAUUCACUUAUAAUAACAUCUGGUUGUUUCAAAGACAAAUUUGUUUCAAACCAUUUGCUCAAUGCUUACACUAAAUUGGGUCAGUUAGAUACUGCGUUUCAACUAUUUGAUAAAUUGCCUAAAAGAAAUGUCAUGUCUUUUAACAUUUUGAUUGGUGGGUAUGUUCAGAUUGCUGAUUUGGAUAGUGCAUAUAAGUUGUUUGAUGAAAUGGGUGAGAGAAAUUUGGCUUCUUGGAAUGCGAUGAUAACGGGGUUUACUCAGUUUGAGUUUAAUGAAAGGGCAUUGAUUUUGUUUUCGAGAAUGUAUGAGUUGGGUUAUUUGCCUGAUGCAUUUACACUUGCAAGUGUUUUAAGAGGUUGUGCUGGUUUGAAAGAUUUGAAUAAGGGUAGGGAAGUUCAUGGUUGUGUAGUGAAAUUAGGCUUAGAUGGGCAUUUGGUUGUUGCAAGUUCGUUGGCACAUAUGUAUAUGAGGUCUGGUAAUUUGAGAGAAGGAGAAAUUGUGAUCAUGUCGAUGCCAGCUCAAACUGUGGCGGCUUGGAAUACACUUAUUGCUGGUAGGGCACAGAAUGGGUGUUUCGAGGGUGCAUUGGAGCUGUAUAAUAUGAUGAAAAUCGCGGGUUUUAGACCGGAUAAGAUAACGUUUGUUAGUGUUAUCAGCUCGUGUUCAGAGCUGGCUACGAUAGGACAAGGGCAGCAGAUUCAUACUGAGGUUAUAAAAACUGGAGCGAUUUCUGUGGUUGCUGUUGUUAGUUCGUUGAUUAGCAUGUAUUCGAAAUGUGGGUGUUUAGAUGAAUCCGAGAAGAUUUUUGUGGAAAGGGAUGAAGCUGAUAUUGUUUUGUGGAGUGCUAUGAUUUCUGCUUACGGGUUUCAUGGUAGGGGAAAGAACGCCAUUGAGUUGUUUCACCAUAUGGAGCAGGAAGGACUAGCACCUAAUAAUGUAACUUUUUUGAGUUUGCUAUAUGCUUGUAGUCAUAGUGGGAUGAAGGAUGAAGGGCUUGAAUUUUUCAACAUGAUGGUGGAAAAGUACAAUGUGGAGCCUCAACUGGUUCACUAUACAUGUGUGGUUGACCUCCUAGGAAGAGCAGGCCGAUUACAGGAGGCUAAAGAUCUUAUUAGAUCUAUGCCUGUGAAGCCAGAUGGUGUCAUAUGGAAGACGUUGCUAUCGGCCUGUAAAAUUCAUAAAAAUGCAGAUAUGGCUAGAAGUAUGGCUGAAGAAGUUUUGAGGAUUGAUCCUGAUGAUUCAGCUUCAUAUGUGCUCCUUGCUAAUGUUCAAGCGUCUGCUAAAAGAUGGAAUUAUGUCUCUGAAGUGAGGAAAUCAAUGAAGGAAAGGGGAGUAAAGAAAGAACCAGGAAUAAGUUGGCUGGAGUUGAAGAACCAAGUUCACCAUUUCGUUAUAGGUGAUAAGUCUCAUCCACAGUCGGAAGACGUUGAUGUGUACUUAAAGGAAUUGAUCGCGGAGCUGAAGUUAGAGGGCUAUGUUCCUGACACAGGAUCCGUUUUGCAUGAUAUGGAAUUAGAGGAACAAGAGUACAAUUUGGUUCAUCACAGUGAAAAAUUAGCUAUUGCUUUUGCGCUAAUGAACACCCCGGAGGGUUUUCCAAUUAGGAUAAUGAAGAACUUACGAAUUUGUGGUGAUUGCCAUAUGGCUAUUAAGUACAUAUCCAAGGUGAAGAAUCGAGAAAUUAUUGUACGCGAUGCCAGUAGGUUUCAUCACUUCAAAGAUGGUUGUUGUUCUUGUGGAGAUUAUUGGUGAGAUUGCAUUUGGUAAUCCGGCUGUAGGUAAUAGUCAUUUCCUUUCUCACUUUGAGAGUGUUCAUGAACCAUUAUUUCCUCCAUUAGUUGUAACAAUAUUAAAUAAAAUUGAAAGAGAUUCACAAACUUAGUUCAUAA